AUGGCGCAACUUCCUUAUGCGAUCGACGCCGAGACGCCUCUCAACCCCGCCGAGCUAGCCGUACUUCGUGCGCAGUACGAGCGGGAAGGGGAUAUGGUCGGCCUCCAGACAAAGUUCAACUACGCAUGGGUAAAGCUCAAUUUCGCACCUCUCAUGGAACAGCAGCUUGGCGUGAUGCUGCUCGCCGAGAUUUUCCGAGUAUCCACCGAGCGACGCCGCGAAUGCCUUUACUACCUCGGGCUAGGCAACUACAAGCUGGGCAACUACGGCGACGCACGAAAAUACAACGACAUCCUCCUUUCGAAAGAGCCCGGGAAUCUACAAGCGCUGAAUCUGCAGUCGCUGAUCGAUGAGAAAGUGGCAAAGGAAGGGCUCAUGGGCGUGGCCAUCGUCAGCGGCGUGGCGGUCGUGGCGGGUAUCGUCGGCGAGUGUGCUGCUCCGGAAUUUGGGGCGGAAGAGGUGAAGACGACGUUACUUCACUGA